AUGGACAUGGUCGUGGACGUGGACGUGGACGUAGACAUGGUCGUGGACGUGGACGUGGACGUGGUCGUGGACCUUGACGUGGACGUGGACGUGGACAUGGACGUGGACGUGGACGUGGACGUGGACGUUGACGUGGACAUGGACGUGGACGUGGACGUGGACGUGGACGUGGACGUGGACGUGGAUGUGGACAUGGACGUGGAUGUGGUCGUGGUCGUAGACGUGGACGUGGACGUGGACGUGGACGUGGACGUGGAGGACGUGGAUGUGGAGGACGUGGACGUGGACGUGGAGGACGUGGACGUGGACGUGGACGUGGACGUGGUCGUGGACGUGGAGGACUUGGACGUGGACAUGGAGGUGGACGUGGACGUGGACGUGGACUUGGACGUGGACCUGGUCGUGGACGUGGACGUGGACGUGGACGUGGACGUGGACGUGGACGUGGACGUGGACAUGGACGUGGACGUGGACGUGGACGUGGACGUGAACGUGGACGUGGACAUGGUCGUGGACGUGGACGUGAACGAGCUUGCCUGGUCCAUGAACGUGCCUGGUCCAGGAGCUUGCCUGGUCUAG